AUGGGAGAUUUUAGAGAGGAGUUUUUUAGGUUGUAUGAUUAUGCUGAGCAAUUAAAGACCAUAAAUCCUGGAACUACUGUAUCUAUUAGGACAUCCAAGAACACAAUUCCAGGAAAAGAGGUGUUUAUGAGCAUUUAUAUUUGUCUUGGUUCCUUAAAAAGUGAAUGGAAAGAAGUGUGUAGAAGGAUAAUUGGUUUAGAUGGUGCAUUUCUUAAAGAUGUAUGUAAUGGUGAACUGUUAAUUUGCAUUUCCAAAGAUGGAAAUAAUCAUAUGUACCCUAUAGCAUGGACAGUAGUUGAUAAAGAAACCAAGGAGACAUGGUCUUGGUUUCUCAAGUUCAUCAGACAUGAUUUGGAGCUUACAAAAGGUGAAGGACUAACAGUGAUGUCUGAUAUGCAGAAGGGUCUUCAUCUUGCAUUUAUUGAUGUAUUGCCAAAUGCUGAAAUCAGAUGGUGUGCUAGGCAUAUAUGGGCAAACUGGAAGAAAGACUGGAGGGGUGAAGAAAGGAUAAGAAACUUUUGGCAGGUUGCUAGGUCACCAUUUGAGAUAAUUGUGAGGUCAUGGCAAUUAAAGGGAAUUCCUUGUGGUCAUUCACUUACAACAAUUCAUUUUAAGGAUUGGGUUGUUGAGUUAUUUAUUGACCACUGGUAUAAGAAAGAAACAUACCUGAAAGCAUAUGAAAGAUUUAUUCAACCUAUGACAAACAUGAAAAUGUGGCCAAAAAGUGAUAGACCAGCCAUUGAACCACCUGAAAUAACAUCCAUGCCAGGAAGACCAGGAAAAAAUAGGAGAAAAGAUAGUGAUGAGCCAGUUAAGAAGUAG